AUGUAUGACACCUAUGAGCCUGGCCACCAAGCCCAACUGAACUUCGACUCUCUGAGAUUCUUCCAUUAUGACAGCACGAGCAAUUUGUCUUGUGCAGCUGUCCCGGCCAGCCUAAUGCCAUUGAAGACUGCGCUGGACACCAGACUUGCGACCAGCCCAAUUCAUCCUCAACUACCUCAGGUCAAUACGACCAAGAUGGUUCAGCUGUCAGCCCGGUGCCUAGAAAGACUACCACCUUCCAGCACAUCUUGUAUCAAGGCACACGCCGCCAAUAUUUCGCGAGGGGUGACAAUGAAUCAGUGUGCCAGACAAGUCUACAAACACACUCCGCUAUGGACAAAGAGGUAUGGUGGACAACUCGGAGAUGGGCGUGACUACAGGACGCUCGUUCCGGCAAUCUCCCAGAUGAUCCCGGUAGUGCGGCCAACCCAUUAUGGCGAGAAGGUGGGCCCCUCAGUUGAGCAUACCGUGUGA